GUUCGCUUUAUGUAUUGCCGGUCGAUCUCGAAGGUCUAUGGCCGAAGUUUCUACCUCAAACGUUUCUUCGGGACGAAAACAGAGGAAGUCGCAACCGCGGUCGAGCAUAUGUUUAACACGUGGUUCACCAAAAUGAAAAGUCAUGGAUUCGGCGCGGCGAAAUAUUUUGACGAUUGCUCUUGAGUGACACAAGUCUUGUGAUGCUGUGGUAAAUUGGACGCCCCCGUGAUUCGAGCGAAGAUCCGAGCAAGGUAUUCCCGGCUUCUCAGCUAUUCAGGUAGAACGGGCGCAAAUUGGAGUGAGGAAUCUAGAAAGGUUCCUUACAGGUUUUCCAGCCCCCGAGCUGUUGAGGAAGAUACCAAAUUUCUUAACUGAUUACAUAAAGAUCGACGCGGACGUAUUUGAUCAGGGUGCAGCCUCUCGAUCCUGACGAGAAGUUUGGCGGUAUAGUUUCAUUGCGCACUCUAAACAGGCCUAUUACAAGUUCAAAAUGUGGGACUAUCGUAUGGGCCCAAAAGUAAAGAUAGAUUUGUUUGUUCCUAAAGUUGAAGAACUAAUUAAAGUUCUACAAGAAGGACUUAAGCAGCAUUUUAAAGAGGUUUCUGUCGAAUGGAUGGUUUGUCCUGACCUGACACAAGAACCUUUUAAACUUGCGGCACCAGGAAUAUGUGGCGAUCCUAUGCUUGUGGAACUUGGUUGCAUAUCGUAUUUGUUUCCACGACCGUACAAGAAUAUGUAUAGUAUGAAAAAAGUCUUAGAAAAUAUUAAUUAUAACAAGCACAAAACUAUGUCUAUUAUUGGAACAACUAUUGCUCCACGAGAGUCAGAUGCGCAACUAGGCGAACUCCUUAUGAACGCUUCAUUAUUACAAAUGACUGAAAACUUAAUGGAAGUUAAAAACCAAAGCUGUAUGACAUUUCAAGAUGAAAAAACGAAAAACUCUAAGAUAGAAUAUGUAAAUGAUACUAAUCUAAAGUGCUAUCCAUAUGGCAGUUUUUUUAUUAGCAAAGGUACACGGGAAAAAGUUCUCAAAGUUCAUGUUAAAAAACGCAUCAGCAAUACCAGUUUUGUAGAAGCGUUGCAAUCUAUACUUGAUCUUAAAUAUUCUGAUGGUGGUCAGUCGAAACAAUUAGUUGGUUUAGGCGGAACAUUUCUGGUGCGAAAUACAAGAGCAAAACAUCAUGUUUUGCCAUAUUCUUGGGAUGCUCGGUUAUAUUCGUCGAAAGAUGUUCGUAAUUGGCUUCAUUAUUUUGAAUUGAAUACUCCUUUAGUGGCAAUGGGCACACUUGUUAGCAAUCCCGAUAUUUAUACAAAUCUCUGUCAUACGACUGUAGGACAGUAUUAUGACAUCCCUAAAAGUCGUUUUCAUGCUGUUUCCCGAAGUGGAGCAGCAGGUGGAUACUUCUACAAAGCUGUUGAAUUAUUUGAUACAGCAGAAUAUGUGGGAUACUUUCAGCUUGCGAAUAUAUUGUAUCAUAUAGAUCCAAGUGUUAAAAGUCAAUACUACCAACACUUUGCCGAUAUAUUGACACUUCUAUUGGUGAUGUUGCAUGUUGCCAAUUACAAGUUUCUGAUGUCGGACAUUUUUUGCUUAAAGAAGACACAUUUGUUCGAACCUGAAAAUGAGGAACUAGCAAAAGUUCUACAAGAUGGAUUUAGACAGCAUUUCGUAGAGGCUACAGUCGAAUGGGUCAUGUGUCCUGAUCUGACAGAAGAACCUUUUAAUCUUUCAGUAGAAGGAAUAUGUGGCAAUCCUGUACUUCUGGAAUUCGGUUGCAUAUCGUAUUUGUUUCCACGACCGUACAAGAGUAUGUAUGAUAUCAACACAUUCUUAAAAGAUAUUUAUGGGAACUACGAACUUAUCUCCAUUAUUGGAGCAAGUGUUAGUCAACGAGAGUCAAAUGCGCAACUAGGCGAACUCGCUGUGAAUGCAUCAAUAAUACAGCUACCCAAUAUGCCACCAAUAACUAUAAAUCAAAGCUAUCUGGCAUAUCAAAAUAAACGAACGAAAAAAUGUGCAUUAGAAACAAUAAUUGAUUCCAAUAUACCAUGCUACCCAUAUGGCAGCUUUUUUGUCUGUAAAGGUAGACGGGAAAAUGUUCUCAAAGUGCAAACUAAAAAACGCCUUAGCAAUUUUAGUUUUUUAGAUGUAUUGAAGUCUACACUUGAUGUUAAAUAUUCUGAUGAUCAAUCGAAACAAUUAGUCGGUUUAGGUGGAAUAUUUAUGGUAAGAAAAGCAAGAGUGAAACACCAUGUUUUGCCAUAUUCUUGGGAUGCUCGGUUAUCAUCGACAGCAGAUGUUUAUAAUUUUCUUCAUUAUUUUGAUAUAAAUGCUCCUUUGAUAGCAAUGGGCACACUUGUUAGUAAUAACAAAAUUUAUACGGAUAUUUGUCGAGAUUCUGUAGGAGAGGAAUAUGACAUCCCUAAAAGUCGUUUUCACACUUUUUCCUAUACAAAAAAAGUAGGCGGACAUUUUUACAGGGAUGUUGGAUCAAAUAACACAGUAGAAUAUUUGGGAUACUUUCAGCCUGCGAGUGUAUUGUAUCAUCUUGAUCCACAAGUUAAAAAUGAGAGUUUCCGAAACUUUGUCGAUAUGACAUAAUGCUAAUACAAAAAUCGUUUAUCAUUUGCACUCGACUAAAACAGUAUUAGUGAUUUGAUUAUUGUAUUGU